AUGCCGUGUAGUAUCAUAGGCAUCUCCGCUGCACGCCUUCCGACCCUCCCUGGUGUAGUCUCCUCAGAUGACCAGCCUUACACCACUGUCGACGCCACUAUCCUAGGCUUUGUCGCAAGCGUAUUCGGUCACGUCUGUGCCGCCGUACCCACGAUUCGCGCUCUCGUUCGUCUUUGGUGCGGCUCACUCGACGACUCAUCGUCGCGUUCGCGCCCGUCGCGCUUUGGCAAAGGCUGGGACAGUUCAACAGCUUUGAGCGGCAGGCGGUCUUCAUGGUUAUCCAAGAGCGGGAAUAGCCAGUAUAACCAUUCGAAUAAUCUCCUGUCAUUGCAAGUCACUGGUAAGGAGAAGAGUGCUGAUAGCAACGUCCAACACCACUUCGGCGUGCAACCCGUGAUCGAAGCCCAGGAUAGCGUGCUAUUGUCAGACUUGCAGCCUAUUCGCGAGCGCGCGUACCAGCCUUCGCGGCCCCAGCGCGGCGUGGAACACUGGAAUUCAGGGCGGCCUAGAUGGGCUCCACAAGAGGAGCAAGAGCCUGCGCUUAUCCGUGAGCCUUGGAAAGAAGCUGAUAUUGAUGAUUCGUCCUCGGAGAAGGAUAUACUGCCAGAUAGAGGCCUGGCGAGGACUCCUUCUGUUCGUGCGAUAGAGGUGCACAUUCAGUCAAUGGAGGCUAGGAUGGCUGAGUUGGAGGCAGAGAUACAGUUUUAUCGGGGGGAGAUCGGCACGUGGACAUGGGUCGAGGAUGUGAUGCUCCGAGAAACCACAGGACACCUGACGAUGACUGAACGAUGUCAAGUUCUCCUGUGGGCCUGGCACUUUGGCAUUCUCCACGGUCUCAUCAAUUUGCAAAGCUUCUUCAUAAGUUUCAUGACAUGGGUCAACCUAUCUUGGACGAUAGAGAACCCAGACUUCUGA